UGAAGCACUCAAACACAUAUACACACAUAAACACAAGGUGUAUACGUCUCUCUCUCUAUACAUAUAAACGCACUUGCAAUAUCAAGAAUCACAUUUUCCAAUAGCUUUCUUAUCAAAGUCUCUCAUAGAGUAAACCCAAAAAUCAAAAACACCAUGAACGCUUUAGCAGCAACCAACAGAAACUUCAAGCUAGCUUCUAGGCUUCUUGGUUUGGACUCAAAGCUUGAGAAAAGUCUUCUCAUUCCCUUCAGAGAAAUCAAGGUGGAAUGUACCAUACCGAAAGACGAUGGAACUCUUGCAUCAUUCAUUGGAUUCAGAGUCCAACAUGACAACGCAAGAGGUCCCAUGAAAGGUGGCAUCAGAUAUCAUCCAGAGGUGGAACCGGAUGAAGUAAACGCUUUGGCACAACUCAUGACAUGGAAAACCGCAGUGGCUAAGAUACCUUACGGUGGAGCCAAAGGAGGCAUUGGUUGUGACCCGAGCGAGCUAAGCAUCUCAGAGCUUGAACGUUUGACUCGUGUUUUCACACAGAAGAUCCAUGAUCUCAUUGGGAUUCAUACCGAUGUUCCAGCUCCUGAUAUGGGAACCGGUCCUCAGACAAUGGCGUGGAUUCUUGAUGAAUACUCGAAGUUCCACGGACACUCUCCUGCUGUUGUGACAGGAAAACCCAUUGAUCUUGGUGGAUCUUUGGGGAGAGAUGCUGCUACAGGAAGAGGAGUGUUGUUUGCAACAGAAGCUCUACUCAAUGAACAUGGAAAGAGCAUAUCUGGACAGAGAUUCGUCAUCCAGGGUUUUGGAAAUGUGGGUUCUUGGGCGGCUAAGUUGAUAAAUGAAAAAGGUGGGAAGAUUGUGGCGGUGAGCGAUGUCACAGGAGCAAUCAAGAACAAGAACGGUAUCGAUAUCUCUGGCUUGCUCGAGCAUACCGAAGAAAACAGAGGAAUCAAAGGGUUUGAUGGUGCUGAUUCCAUCGAUCCUGAUUCAGUUCUUGUUGAAGAUUGUGAUGUUCUUGUCCCUGCAGCUUUAGGAGGCGUCAUCAACAGGGAGAAUGCAAAUGAGAUUAAAGCAAAGUUCAUCAUAGAAGGUGCUAAUCAUCCAACUGAUCCUGAGGCUGACGAGAUACUGAGGAAGAAAGGUGUUGUGAUCCUCCCAGAUAUAUACGCAAACUCGGGAGGAGUUACUGUAAGUUACUUCGAGUGGGUGCAGAACAUACAAGGAUUCAUGUGGGAAGAAGAAAAGGUGAACAAGGAGCUACAAAACUACAUGACUCGCGGCUUCAAAGAUUUAAAAGAGAUGUGUAAGACACAUUCAUGUGAUCUCCGUAUGGGAGCUUUCACCCUUGGUGUCAACCGUGUGGCUCAAGCUACCGUUAUCAGAGGUUGGGGAUCUUGAAAUACUCAUAUGCAAGUUCAAUGAUAAUAACUCAUAUAAUCCUUUUGUUUCAUGCAAGUUCAUUCAGUUUCACAGUAAUAAAAUUGCAAUGUAAUCUUUAAAUUUUUUCAUCAAUAGAAGCUAAUUAAAGCAAAUCUUCUACUC